GGGGCUCUGCCAACUGGCUCACGUCUCCCUUUCACGUUUCCUCCCGCUCUCCAAGAUCGAAACCGAGAAUCGAAACUAAGCUGGGGUCCAUGCAGCAGGAGCCUGCACCCGCCCGAUCUCCGGGGCCCCAGCAGGACCCCGCCCGGCCCCACGCGCCCACCAUGCCUCCCCCCGGCACCCCCUCUGAAGGCCGCCAGCCCAGCCCCGGCCACAGCCCUGCAGAGCAAAGCACGGAGGAGGAGUUCCGGUUUCUGCGCUGCCAGAAAUGCCAGGCGGGAGCCAAGUGCCCGAAGCUGCUGCCUUGCCUGCACACGCUGUGCUCGGGAUGCCUGGAGGCGUCGGGCAUGCAGUGCCCUAUCUGCCAGGCGCCCUGGCCCCCGGGUGCAGACACGCCCGCGCUAGAUAACGUCUUUUUCGAGAGUCUGCAGCGGCGCCUAUCGGUGUACCGGCAGAUCGUGGACGCACAGGCUGUGUGCACCCGCUGCAAAGAGUCGGCCGAUUUCUGGUGCUUUGAGUGCGAGCAGCUGCUCUGUGGCAAUUGCUUCGAGGCACACCAGUGGUUCCUCAAGCACAAGGCCCGGCCCCUGGCAGAGCUGCGCAACCAGUCGGUGCGUGAGUUCCUGGACGACACCCGCAAGACCAACAACAUCUUCUGCUCUAACCCCAACCACCGCACCCCUGCGCUGACCAGCAUCUACUGCCGAGGCUGUUCCAAGCCGCUGUGCUGCUCCUGCGCGCUCCUUGACAGCGGCCACAGCGAGCUAAAGUGCGACAUCAGCACGGAGAUCCAGCAGCGACAGGAGGAGCUGGACGCCAUGACGCAGGCGCUGCAGGAGCAGGACGGCGCCUUCGGCGCGGCGCACGCGCAGAUGCACGCGGCCGUCGGCCAGCUGGGCCGCGCACGCGCAGACACCGAGGAGCAGAUCCUCGUGCGCGUGCGCCAGGUGGUGGCUCACGUGCAGGCGCAGGAGCGCGAGCUGCUGGAGGCGGUGGAGGCGCGGUACCAGCGCGACUACGAGGAGUUGGCCAGCCGGCUGGACCGCCUGGACGCUGUGCUGCAGCGCAUCCGCACGGGCAGCGCGCUCGUGCAGAGGAUGAAGUGCUACGCCUCGGACCAGGAGGUGCUGGACAUGCACGGUUUCCUGCGCCAGGCCCUGUGCCGUCUGCGCCAGGAGGAGCCCCAGAGCCUGCAAGCCGCCGUGCGCACGGAUGGCUUCGACGAGUUCAAGGUGCGCCUGCAGGACCUCAUCUCUUGCAUCACCCAGGGGACAGAUGCAGCUGUAUCCAAGAAAGCCAGGCCAGAGGCUGCCAGCACUCCCAAGGACCCUAUUGAUGUUGACCUGCCUGAGGAGGCAGAGAGAGUGAAGGCCCAGGCCCAGGCCCUGGGGCUGGCUGAAGCCCAACCUGUGGCUGUGGUACAGUCAGUCCCCGGGGCAUACCCUGUGCCAGUGCAUGUCUUCUCCAUCAGAGACCCUUCCAACAGAGAGGAGGUCUCCAACACAACCACAGUCCAGAAGAGGAAGAGCAUUCAGACCCAGUGCACCAGGAAGAUGAUCAAGAUGGAGUCUGAGGAGGGGAAGGAGGCGAGGUUGGCUCGGAGCUCCCCCGAGCAGCCCAGGCCUAGCACCUCCAAGGCAGUUUCGCCACCCCACCUGGAUGGGCCCCCCAGCGCCGGGAGCCCCGACAUAGGAAGUGAGGUCAUCCUGCCCAACAGCAACCAUGUGGCCAGUGGUGCCGGGGAGGCAGAGGAGCGCAUUGUGGUGAUCAGCAGCUCGGAAGACUCCGAUGCCGAAAACUCGUCCUCCCGAGAGCUCGAUGACAGCAGCAGCGAGUCCAGUGACCUCCAGCUGGAGGGCCCCAGCAGCCUCAGGGUCCUGGAUGAGAGCCUUGCCGACCCCCGAGCAGAAGACAGGCCUCUGGUUUUCUUUGACCUCAAGCUUGACAAUGAAAAGAUUAGCCAGCUGGCAGCAGUGAACCGGGAAAGCAAGUUCCGCGUGCUCAUCCAGCCCGAAGCCUUCAGCAUCUACUCCAAGGCCGUGUCCCUGGAGGCGGGGCUGCAGCACUUCCUCAGCUUCCUGAGCUCCAUGCGCCGCCCCAUCUUGGCCUGCUUCAAGCUGUGGGGGCCUGGCCUCCCGAACUUCUUCCGGGCCCUGGAUGACAUUAACAGGCUGUGGGAAUUCCAGGAGGCCAUCUCGGGCUUCCUGGCUGCCCUGCCUCUCAUCCAGGAGCGUGUUCCUGGGGCCAGCAGCUUCAAACUCAAGAACCUAGCCAAGACCUACCUGGCGAGAAACAUGAGCGAGCGCAGCGCCAUGGCCGCCGUGCUGGCCAUGCGUGACCUGUGCCGCCUCCUUGAGGUCUCCCCAGGCCCCCAGCUGGCCCAGCAUGUCUACCCCUUCAGUAGCCUGCAGUGCUUCGCCUCCCUGCAGCCCCUGGUGCAGGCGUCAGUGCUGUCCCGGGCCGAGGCCCGCCUCCUGGCCCUCCACAACGUGAGCUUCGUGGAGCUGCUGAGCGCACACCGCCGGGACCGGCAGGGGGGCCUGAAGAAGUACAUCUGCCACCUAAGCCUGCAGACCGCCACGCUGUCCCCCACCCAGCCUGCUCUCAACCUGCAGGCUCUGGCCACCUACUUCGAAGGCCUGUCGGAGGGUCCGGCGCUGGCACGGGCAGAAGGUGUCUCCACCCCCCUUGCUGGCCCUGGCUUGGCAGAGAGGGCCUCGCAGCAGAGCUGAGAGGAGUGGGUGACCGGCUCGGGUUCUCUGGUGGGCAGAGAGGGAUGGGGUCCCUGAGCCAGGCCCCGCCCAUCACAGCAUUCCCAGGUCCUGGUACCCAGCCCUCAGUUGUCAUUUGGUUCAGAAGCAGUUCCCUCUCUCUGGGACCAAAUUUCCCUUCUCUAGACAUCCUACAGAGAAGCUUCCGAAGCUGAGGCCCCACCACCCCAGGUGUUCACCAGGCGCCCAGCCCCUCCUUCCAGGAGCUAGAACCAGAGAUGUCCUGAGUGAGGAAGGCAUGACCUCUGAGCUCUCUAAGUGGCCCUGGUCUUGCCUCUGCCAUCCCACCUGCCACUACCUUGGGUGUCCUUACAGCUCUGCCCUGACCCCAGCCGCUGUGCCAGCGGACCUGCUGACAG